UUCACGAGAAGACUUCAGGAAACCAUGACGCACGCGGAGGGCUGUACUCUUCUGGGUGGUUUGGCAGUUUAGGGCAGUUUACGCGAACUCUUCUGUGAGCCAAGACGCUGCACUGUGCAGAGGAGAACCUUUCUACUUUUGACAGAUUGUUGAAGAAAGACAAAGCGGAGGAUGAAGCUGCUGCUGUUCGUCGUUGUCUCCUGCCUCGCUUUACAGAUUGGAAAGGGAGCUCCCAAGAAAGCUGUGUAUAAGUUUGUGAAAUGUAACCCCGAGGGUGGUCAGGCCAACUGUGUGACCCAGCAAAGUCCAGAAAUGACAUGGAGCCCAGAGCUACCAAGCAAACUGCCCGCUUCAGCUGCACAGUACCUGGAGGCAGAGCCAGUGGAGGAUGAGAAACCAGAGAAAGAGGGAGAGGAGGAGCAGGUGGAGGUCCAGAAGGACACACCGCUGCUGGGUGAAGAGGGAGAGUCACCUUUUGUUUACUUCUAUGAGGAAGGUUCUGGCUAUGAGGGCUCUGCAUUUGAAGACCUGUAUAUGGCUGACAAGGCUGUUGAGAUGGGUUCUGGUGAAUCCCCAACAGAGAAAAACUCCAAUCUUCAGAAAGGCACGGAAUGGAGGAGGCUGUUGGGGUUGUUCAGGAGCAAGCCUCUGGUUGGUGAAGCAAAACCAGAAGAGCAGGAGCUGAAGGAAGACGACCUGCUGCAGCUGUAGGCUGAACACAAGGCCAAUGUCAGACUCACACAUACACAAGGCUAGCAUCUAUUGUAUUUCCACCCUGUCUAUUCAAAUCCUAAACACAACAUCAGAGACAAAAGCCAAAUGUAUAGAAAUAUAUUUUUUGUAUUAACACUGAUGGAAAUAAUUUUUGCGUUACAAGUACUAUGAAAAUGUUUCUGCCAAAGGAAAAGAAGCACAUACUGCACAUUCUUUGUCCUGUUGGUAGUGCCCUUUAUUUUGUGCCUUUUUGUAGAAAAUAUGAGUAAGAAGGGCAAUUAAUUUAAUAUGAAAUAAAAAACAUGCUGUAAAAUAAUUGUAAAACCAGUGCAAUACAUUUAAACAUCUGCCCAUGCCUUGCUCACUCUGUGCAGCUGUGGUUCAGAUCUUUUUUAAUUGUGUUUUUGAGGCAUGGGUUCCUGUAAGACACACAAAAACAAAGACAUAUUUUUUGUAAUUUGAUCCCUUCGUCUCAAAUGUUUGACACUUUUGGGAAGUUAUGCAACCGUCUUAAAGAACUUCAGGUCUGCAGUGUUGAAUGAAAAUAUCUAGCAAACCCAAAUCCCUCAGGACUGGCUUCACGCAAUCUUAACCACUGUGAGCUGGAGCAUAUUCCAAAUAUGUACGCUGCACACUUAUGCAUUUCAACAUGCGCUGUGUUGUAUAAUUUGCAUUUUAAAUACUUCCCGUAAUAAAGGAUUUAUAACAACAGUA